ACACUCAUUCAUACAACAGAAGGAGCGUGGCUGCUCACUGAGAAGUGUUGCACUCACUUGUUUGUACUUUCUCAGUAGCGAAUUUGCAGUCAAGAAAUGAUUACCAUCACAACUGAAAACGUUACACAACUUUACAAUGUUACAGCCACACAGGAGUUUACAAUCAGUCCGGCAGAAUUCCACAAUAAUUCAAGUGUGCAUCAGAUGGAUGAAUACAAAUGUAUUAAUCCAGAUACAUGGAAAUGGCUACAGACUUUUCAGCCUGGAUUCCUUUGGAUUAUAUUUAUUCUGGGAACAAUAGAAAAUGCCUUUGUCCUUAUCGUCCUGUACUUCCACAAGAGUCGCUGCUCUGUGGCUGAAAUUUACCUAGCAAACAUGGCAUUUGCUGAUCUGAUGUUAGUCUGUUCUUUACCUUUCUGGGCCAUUAAUAUUUCUAAUGGUUUUCAGUGGCCUUUUGGCCUGUUCCUAUGUAAAGCUGUCAACACAAUCAACUACAUGAACUCUUAUUCUAGCAUUUAUUUUCUGACAUUAGUGAGCAUUGACCGCUACCUGGCCUUAGUAACCAUGUCUCUGGGACGGAUGCGGCGAACAGCCUGUGCCAAGUGGAACAGCCUUAUAAUCUGGAUGUGUGCAUUGCUCAUAUGCUCACCUACAAUGGUGUUCCGAAACUUACAGUAUUUCAAAGAGUACAACAUUACAGCCUGCUCUCUUGAUUAUCCAACCCCCUACUGGCACCCUGCAAACAACUGCCUGCUGAAUGCUGUGGGCUUCAUGAUCCCUCUCUGCAUAAUCACCUAUUGCACUACUCAGAUCAUCAAGGCCUUACAGAGUAAUAAGUCACAAAAACUGAAGUUAAUCCAGACAGAGAGGAAAGCCACCUUGCUGGUCCUUGCUGUGCUCUUGCUGUUUGUCAUUUGCUGGCUUCCAUUCCAGAUCAGCACACUCAUUGACACAGUCUGCUACCUAGCAGGGAAUUUGAAAUGCCUUGAAGAUAUCAAUGAUAUUGUGACCCAGAUGGCAAUCUACUGUGCCUUUAGCAAUAGUUGCUUGAAUCCAAUCCUGUAUGUUAUUGUUGGGAAGCACUUCCAAAAGAAGGCAGUGGAAUUGUUCAAGGACUUGAUCCCACAAAGGUGCAGAAAAUCAGAGUCUGUGAAGAUAGAAAACUCUCAGGACACUUUAAGAACUUCCAUUUCAAGUGAACAUCUAAGAAAAAAGUCUGUUUUGCCAUUAUCACAAUAGCACAGUUUGUUCAUAAUGGAAAAAAAUAAACAAACAAACAACGCUUUUAACAUAUCAGUCUCCACUAAUAUGCAUCUGCUUUGGGUCAACAGAAUGAACGUGUAGCAGCAUUCAUUAUUUGAGGGAAAGUGUUGGUUUGAUCUUAAAGCAAACUCAAUACAGUGAAUUGCUUUUAAUAUUACUGGUCAUUUUUUUUAGUUGAAUCAUUCUUUGUAGCAUAUUUACAUUUUCAUGGCUGAAUUAUAGGUUUUUUGUUUUUUUUUUUUUGCAUGUAUCAUUUGAAAUGAUUGUAUUUCUGUGGAAUAUAAGUGUCAGAAUGCACAUACAGUUCUCUGAAUAGAGUCCCAGUCUAGAAGCUAUUGUAAGGGUCAUGCAGCUACUUAUGGUACCUAUACCCUUGGAUAGAGUACAUUUUUUGAUAAGAUGGAGUUGAAUUUAUGUAUGUUUGAAUGAAUCCAGCAGGACUAUUAUUGAAUGUGGUCAUCUUCUGGGCUUUUAUUUUCUCUGGUCCAAAGUAAUUUUAUUUACUUGAUUUACAAGCUGGGCCUUCUUGCAAAUGCUCUGACUGCUAGGUGCAGAUUUACAUUUGCCUGUAUGCAUGGAGCUCAUAGUGCAGAAAAGGCAGUGCAGUAAAGAAAGGAAUGCUCUUUACUCCUUCAAUGAGGUAAAACGUUCACUACAGAGAGCACCUUUGGAGUUAAUGUUAUUUACAUUCAUACCUAUCCUUCAGCUCAGAAACUUGUUUUUCAAUAUUCACAAAGCAUAAUUAAUAUUUGCAAUAUUAUUUAAUGGAAACACAAAUGCUCAGCACAAUGGGAAUAAUUUCACAAAAAUAAGAAAUAAAAUACAGUGAAGAGCAUCACCUCACUGCCUUAGAAAGAUGACUGAAGAUAAUAGGGGUCUUGAAUGCUAGGAGUACUCAAAAUAUGGCAUUUUCAGACUCUAAUACUAUCUAAAUUUUAUUUAUAGAGUUAGUCUAGCUGAUUAAAAUACAAGAUAACAAUUCAUAAAUUAGACUGAAUUUAAAAAUGAAAGAAUUUUACACAGAAGAAACUCAGUGUUCUUAAUAGCCAGUAUGCACUUUUACUUCUAGGAAUCUGGAUCUAAAACCAAGCUGGAGAUGGUCUAAAAGCUUCUGAAAUUAACAGAGCCUUCCUGUUCCUUUCAAAGCACUUAAAGUUGGAGCCCUAAAACUCCCAAGAAAUAGAGUUUUGAGGUAUCAGUAAACUCAAAGUGCUAAUGGGUGACCUUUAUUCAUAAGAGCUAGAAUGGAGUAAUAAAGUUGCAUUCAAGCUUGGAAAACUGUAUUCACCUUCAAGUAAUUAAACUAAAGAAAUGCUCUUUGUGAAUAUACUAUAAAAACUAUGGGAUUUAGAUGGCUGCAGAUAAUUCAUAAACAAUCUCUAUUGGUUUCAUUUAAACACACGUUAUAAUUCUACGUCAUAAAUAUUUCUACUGCUUGUUCUAUGUAUUGUCCAAGAUGUCUGUGAUGAAACACUGCAAGACUUUCUGUUAUCUCCAGUGUUACCAAUAUUGUCUUGUUCAGGAGCAUUUUAUUCACACAGCCCUUGAGUGAAACCAAACAGAGGCUAUGGGGACAAUGAAGAGAAUUUUGAGUAUUUGGUACUGACAAGUAAAAUAUGAAAAUGUUAUGACAUGUAAAGAAUAUGACAUUAAUUUAAAAUAUGUAAAUAAAUAGAUGUGCUAUUUUGCUACACAGUAAAUAUGUACAACAGAAAAUAAACUACCUUAAGAUAUG